AUGUCAAAACCCACAUGCCUUAAUCAUCAAUGGCAGUGGCACUUGGGAGCAGCCUUACUUCAUUCGCUGAGUUUCCACUUCCUCCCCAUGACUACAUCCGAUUGGACACGUUUUCACAAACUGGAUCAACUUGGGCUUCGUUACGGCCAACAGGAAUUCAUACGUACACAGGUGACAGCGGAUUUCUGGAUACUCUCACACUGUGCUCUCCCUCUUAUCAGCGUCUCGGUUGCUGCUUUGGCUCCCAGCCUUAUCGAUCUUGCGUGUUUACUGUCUUGUUGGGCUACGCGUGCGUUUUCUUACGUUCACAAAUUAAUUUACCCUGCAGACUCCAGAUUAUCACUGGAACGCUUUCGGAGAAAUACCCUACGGGUUACUCUGCUGACCGCUGGGAUAGGCAUUCUGUUCUCCGAAGCGCUAGGCAUCCUGCUUCUUGCAGCACAAAUUUUAUACAAGGUCUAUUUGCUUCUAUCGGUCGAUGGAAUUUCGACAGGCCAUGUGAGAGCCGAGUGCUUGCAACAGUCGGUGGAGCGUUCAACACCAGUCCGUUGCCAAUCUUUUCGUUUCCAUCGCUUGGUAGCACUUACCUUCGUUCUGCUUAGUCUACUUCUCACAGAGAACUGGGUGUCAUUGCACUCACGUGCCCGACGAUAUGUCAAUACCGGUUUCGUCGCGGUCCAUAUCUUAUUCCGUUCCCUGCCUGACUCGAUGGAUGCUUCUUUGCUCAUCAUGUACUCUCUGCUGACUGUGGUGACCUUGUACAUCGGUCCAUGGCCGUCCAAAUCCCUCACUCACGAACACGGUUCUCGUACGCAGUUGCGUCACAAACUCCUUAUCUCAGGAUCUGUUUUUGUCGUCAUUUCGUGUGUAUUCCUUUUGAUGCACACCGCGGUUCAAUGUUUUUCAAUGUUCACCCUCAGUGUCAUUGGUUUAUGCUUUUUUACCUUUGGACUAUCACCAUACCAACGGUCUAUGCUGGGCAUUUCUAUGCACUUGAUAAACCAUAAACAGAAUUAA